AUACUUUUGCAUUCAAUCAUUUCACUCUUUUGAUUUACUCUUUGAUUGAAGUGUAGCCCCAAUCCCAAACCUUAAAAUCUCUUUAUCCAAUCUUGUGAUUCUCGAGUUAGAAAUUUGUGCCAAAUUCAUUUAAGGCUGGAAAGAUAAAAAAAUACUACCAAACAUUACUCAGUAGAGUAAAAAAUACAACCAUCUCUUUCGUUUUUCCCCCUCUUUCAUUCUGAGAGAACAGUACUCAGUAGAGUAAUAAAUACAUGGAGAGGAAUUACACAACAUUUCCAAAUCUAAAACACAAAGAUUCACUGUCUUUCCUCAUCCACCAUAACUAGAUCUGAUGAUUUCUCUUUCUUCUUCUAUGAUAUUUUGAUGCACACAUCGUGAACUCAUUUUCUUGAAAAUAAUAAGGUUCUCAGUUGUGAAGUGUGAGGAUGUUACUCUACGGUCCCCUAACACCUGCUCAGGUGUCAUUUUUUCUUGGAAUUGUGUCGAUAUGUGCUGCCUGGUUAUAUUCAGAGUAUCUGGAGUACGAGAAAAAUUCAGCAUCAUCUAAAGUUAGGCAUUCUGAUAUCAAUUUGGUUGAGUUGGGAAAUGAAGCAGUCAAAGAAGAUGACAGAGCUGUUCUAUUGGAAGGAGGUGGCCUUCAAUCAGCAUCGCCUAGAAUGAGGAGCUCAUCUGUGACAUCUCAGAUUGCCAGGUUUUGCUUGAUGGAUGAAAGUUUCUUUCUUGAGAAUCGAUUAACUCUUAGAGCAAUAUCAGAGUUUGGUGCCCUUUUGACUUACUUUUACCUAUCUGACCGUACAAAUCUGUUUGGUGAAUCAAAAAAGAGCUACAAUCGUGAUCUUUUCCUCUUCCUCUACUUCCUUCUCAUCAUAAUCUCGGCAAUCACUUCUUUUACAAUCCACCAUGAUAAGUCACCUUUCUCUGGGAGAUCCAUAAUGUAUCUGAAUAGGCAUCAAACUGAAGAAUGGAAAGGAUGGAUGCAGGUAUUAUUUUUAAUGUAUCACUACUUUGCUGCUACAGAAAUUUACAAUGCUAUACGAGUUUUUAUAGCUGCAUAUGUAUGGAUGACUGGAUUUGGAAACUUCUCUUACUAUUACAUCCGCAAGGAUUUCAGCAUUGCAAGAUUCACUCAGAUGAUGUGGAGGCUCAAUUUCUUGGUAUUCUUUAGCUGCAUUGUCCUUAACAACAAUUACAUGUUAUACUAUAUAUGCCCCAUGCACACUCUUUUCACUCUGAUGGUUUACGGAGCCCUUGGUAUAUUCAACAAAUACAAUGAGAAUGGGACUAUUAUUGCUGGUAAAAUCAUUACCUGCUUCUUGGUUGUUAUUCUGAUGUGGGAAGUUCCGGGAGUUUUUGAAGUGGUUUGGAGCCCAUUUACUUGCUUCCUUGGAUAUGCUGACCCAGAUCCUUUAAAAACAAAGCAGUCUCUCUUGCAUGAGUGGCAGUUCCGUUCAGGUCUUGAUCGUUACAUAUGGAUAGUUGGGAUGAUAUAUGCAUACUACCAUCCAACAGUAGAGAGAUGGAUGGAGAAACUUGAGGAAACCGAAGUGAAACGUAGGAUAUCAAUAAAAGCAGUUGUUGCCAUAAUUUCACUUGCGAUGGGAUAUCUUUGGUAUGAGCACAUAUACAAGCUUCCAAAGAUCACAUAUAACAAAUAUCAUCCUUACACAUCUUGGAUUCCGAUAACUGUCUACAUAUCCUUGCGGAAUGUAACCCAAUAUUUUCGCAGCUACUCAUUAACCCUUUUUGCAUGGCUUGGGAAGAUCACUCUGGAGACCUAUAUAUCCCAAAUCCAUAUAUGGUUAAGAUCUGGUGUUCCAGAUGGACAGCCUAAAAAGUUGCUAUGUUUGAUCCCGAACUACCCAUUGCUGAACUUCAUGCUUACUACUGCCAUAUAUGUCGCAGUUUCUCACAGAUUAUUCGAAUUGACUAACACUUUGAAAUCCACAUUUAUUCCGAUGAAAGACAACAAACGUCUUGGCUACAACAUAAUUGCGGCUUUAGUUGUAUCAGGUCUUCUAUAUGUCUUGUCCUCCGUAUUCCUAAGGGUACCUCAGCUGCUGGUGUAGAAGUGUACGUACAUUAUAUUCAAUGAAGGCAGAUAUGAUACAGUUUGCGAGCCGGCUACAACGUGGCUACAGGUUUUUGUUUUUGGUUCUUUUACAUAUUUAAACGGAGAAGAGAAGAGAGGUACCGAUUGGGUUAUAGCUCUUAGUUUAAUAUUCUUUGUGUGUAUAUAUAGUCUAGCUCUUGAACUCAAAUUUUCGAUUGAGCAGUUUGUAUUUUCCAUAAUUUGCUUAGCCAUGUUUUAAUGUGUACCUUCUAAAUGAGGUCAUGUCCCAUUUUACUUAUCAGUACUAUUCCACCGUAACAAUUUAUUUA